AUGGACGUGGAGGAAUUGGAGAGGCUAAAGACACGAUUUACCAGGAUGGUGCCUGGUUUGGAGGGUGUUGGCUGCGAGGAGAGAUUCGGCAAACUUGGUUUGUUGCCGGCUGAAGAGACGGUGAGGCUGAGACUUGAGAAUGGGGGCAGUCCUUGUGCUGGCCGAGUGGAGAUUCACGACAGGGGACAGUGGAGGACAGUCGAUCAUGUUCUUUGGGAUCUGCGAGAUGCUGCAGUUGUGUGUCGGGAGCUGGACUGUGGCACCGCGAUCUCUGCCCCGGGCGGGGCUCACUUUGGAAAAGGAUCCGGACCCAUUGUGACCAGGCAUGUUGAGUGCAGGGGGACCGAGCACGCUCUGAAGGACUGUCAAUCAGUGAGUUGGGAUCCCCACAACUACUCACACGACAAUGAUGCUGGUGUCAUCUGUUCAGACCACGUCACUCCGAGGUUGGUCCAAGGAAGUUCCAAAUGUUUCGGCAGACUGGAGGUCCAGUUUGGUGACACCUGGAAAACAGUGUGUGGUCUUGACUGGGAUUUUAAAAACGCCAAUGUGGUCUGUGCGCAGCUUCAUUGUGGAGUGGCCGUGUCUCUUUCGAGCUCUGCUCAUUCUGGAGGCAGUACUGUGCUGAUGGGUUCUGAGGUUUUUAAAUGCACGGGCAAUGAGACUCAGCUGAAAAAGUGCCAUCGGUCUUCAGACACUCACCAGGAUUGCAGUGGACACAACAAUGUUACCCUGGUAUGUUCUGAUGAAAAUUGGUGGCCAAGACUGGUGAAUGGGGGAAGCCGCUGUGAUGGCCGAGUUGAGGUUUACUACAAUGGAAGCUGGGGCAGAGUGCAGGACACCCUCUGGGAUCUGAAUGAUUCCCACGUGGUUUGCAGACAGCUGGGAUGCGGUCAUGCCUUAGAAACUUAUAAGUCUUCACAGUACGAGGAAAGUGAUGGCCGUCUGUGGUUGCAUGAUAUCCAGUGUCAUGGACAGGAAUCUCAGCUCCGGGAUUGUAGGAUCACAGGUCCAUUGAAUUCAUCUGUCACCAACAGCAGUGGCGUAGUCAUCCUCUGUUCAGAACAUAUCCAGUUAAGGCUGUCAGAUGGUGGAAGCCCUUGUGCAGGUCGAGUGGAGAUUUACUACAAUGGGACAUGGGGAUCGGUUUGUGACGACUCCUGGGAUAUGAUAGACGCUGAAGUGGUUUGCAAACAACUGGGCUGUGGACACGUCAUGGAUAUGUCACUUCCCUCCUCGUAUGAACCGGGCUCAGGCCCAGUUUGGUUGAAAGAUGUGAAGUGUUCUGGAAAUGAAUCAUUUCUCUGGGAAUGUCCUUCAGCACCAUUUGGUCACCAAGACGAUUGUUCUCAUAAAGAGGAUGUGAGAAUUAUGUGCUCUGAGCACAAGUUGAUGCGUCUGGUGAAUGGAAGGCGACCUUGUGAGGGAAGAGUGGAUGUGUUCUACAAUGGGACCUGGGGAACAUUGUGCUCGAAAAGUCUCGAGUUCCAAGAUGCUGAAGUAAUCUGUAAACAGUUGCGCUGUGGUUCUAUCCUGUCCAUUGAUUUUUACGCUCGCUUAUUCGGAGCAGGGAUGGGACCUAUUUGGCUUGAUGGGAUUGAUUGUCCAACACAUGAGUCAACCCUUUGGCAAUGUCAGAGAAAUCCAUGGGGUCAAAACAACUGUGACCACAGUGAAGAUGCAGGUGUCCUUUGUUCAGGUAACAAGACAAAUCUUCUCAUUUUUCAUGUCAACUGUUCUGGGAGAGUGGAGAUCAUGUGUGAUACACGCUGGGGCUCGGUGUGUGGCGAUUCCUGGGAUAUAACUGAUGCCAAUGUUGUCUGCAGACAGUUGGGAUGCGGCUUCGCUCUGUCGGCCCGAGGAAGGCACACUGUCCCCCAGGGUAACGAUGUGAUUUGGCAGAAUGAUGUGAAGUUAAUUUCUGCUUCCGUUGAUUCACUUAAUCACAUCGAAUACUACACCAGCCAUGGCUUGCAUGACAAUCAUCCAGGAUCAGAAAAUCUUGAGGUGAACGCCAACAGUAUUUCGGAUCGAAUUCAUGGCAGUUACGAUGACAUUGAAACUGAAUCUCAGGAUAGCCAGUCACAAUUGGACAGUGAUCGUAAUGAACCUCUCGCACUGGCAAAUGCUGACAAUGGUUUUUGUUCGCUCAAUAGACUUGUCGAUACCCAGGCCAACAGUGCAGAGACGGUGAGGCUGAGACUUGCGAAUGGGGACAGUCCUUGCGCUGGCCGAGUGGAGAUUCACUACAAGGGGAAGUGGGGAACUGUGUACGCUCUACUGUGGGACCUGCCAGAUGCUGCUGUUGUGUGUCGGGAGCUGGACUGUGGGACCGCGGUCUCUGCCCCGGGCGGGGCUCACUUUGGAAAAGGAUCCGGACCCAUUGUGACCUCGGAUGUGGAGUACCACAUCAUUCCGAGGUUGGUCCAAGGAAGUUCCCAAUGUUUCGGCAGACUGGAGGUCCUGUUUGGUGACACCUGGAAAACAAUGUGUGGUCUUGACUGGGAUUUGAAAAACGCCAAUGUGGUCUGUGCGCAGCUUCAUUGUGGAGUGGCCGUGUCUCUUUCGAGCUCUGCUCAUUCUGGAGGCAGUACUGUGCUGAUGGGUUCUGAGGUGUUUAAAUGUACGGGCAAUGAGACUCAGCUGAAAAUGUGCCCUCGGUCUUCAGACACUCACCAGGAUUGCAGUGGACACAACAAUGUCACUCUGAUAUGUUCUGAUGAAAAUUGGUGGCCAAGACUGGUGAAUGGGGGAAGCCGCUGUGAUGGCCGAGUUGAGGUUUACUACAAUGGAAGCUGGGGCAGAGUGCAGGACACCCUCUGGGAUCUGAAUGAUUCCCACGUGGUUUGCAGACAGCUGGGAUGCGGUCAUGCCUUAGAAACUUAUAAGUCUUCACUGUACGAGGAAAGUGAUGGCCGUCUGUGGUUGCAUGAUAUCCAGUGUCAUGGACAGGAAUCUCAGCUCCGGGAUUGUAGGAUCACAGGUCCAUUGAAUUCAUCUGUCACCAACAGCAGUGGCGUAGUCAUCCUCUGUUCAGAACAGAUCCAGUUAAGGCUGUCAGAUGGUGGAAGCCCUUGUGCAGGUCGAGUGGAGAUUUACUACAAUGGGACAUGGGGAUCGGUUUGUGACAACUCCUGGGAUAUGAUAGACGCUGAAGUGGUUUGCAAACAACUGGGCUGUGGACACGUCAUGGAUAUGUCACUUGCUUCCUCGUAUGAACCGGGCUCAGGCCCAGUUUGGUUGAAAGAUGUGAAGUGUUCUGGAAAUGAAUCAUUUCUCUGGGAAUGUCCUUCAGCACCAUUGGGUCACCAAGACGAUUGUUCUCAUAAAGAGGAUGUGAGAAUGAUGUGCUCUGAUCGGCAAAACAGCGUGCGCCUGGAUGGAGGAAGAAGCAACUGUUCUGGGAGAGUGGAGAUCAUGUGUGAUACACGCUGGGGCUCGGUGUGUGGCGAUUCCUGGGAUAUAACUGAUGCCAAUGUUGUCUGCAGACAGUUGGGAUGCGGCUUCGCUCUGUCGGCCCGAGGAAGGCACACUGUCCCCCAGGGUAACGAUGUGAUUUGGCAGAAUGAUGUGAAGUGGCUGGAGAUACCUAUUGUCGUCUGCAUAACCUUGGGAGUCAUGCUAAUCUGUGAGGUGCUCGUAUUACUGGUGGUAAUGCAGAGAAAAUUACAAAUGAAAGAACCUCACACUGUUGGCAGGGGCUCAAGUCUUGGUGUGUACCAAGGAAUUUAUGAAGAAAUUGAGAACAUUCCCAACGGCAAGAGAAUGGAUCAGAAACAUGGAGCAGAUAUCGAGAAUUAA